AUGAACAGCAGUCCUAUUUGCCCUGUUUGCAAUGUAGCAGCAGUGACUACAAAAGCAAAUAGGAAAGAAUCGAAAAGUGCAUUAAGCUUUGUGCCUUUAUCACCAAUACUAUAUGAUAAGAGUUGCCGUACUUGUAGUGAAACUUGUAAGAAUGUCAACAAAUGUAAACACUGUAAACGCAGAUUCUGUGAUGACUGCUGGUCAAAUCAUGUCAACGAAUUGAAAGAUGAACUAGUUAAUAUAAAUGGAGAUCUCAAGACAACAGCAAAAAGAUUUGAAUAUAAAAUAAGCAACUUUCAGACUAAAGCAAAUGAAACAAUAAAAUUCGUCAAUAGAGACAUAGAAAUUAAAAUAUUUGAAAUUAAUAAAAAAAGGGAGAGUCUCAUUAAGAAAAUUGAACACAUGAUCGCGGCCGAAGAAGUAUCAGUUAAUAAUAUAAGACAAAAGAUGCAGAAAACUCAGAUAGAAAUUAGGCAACAGAAGGAAGUAUCAUAUGAUACAUUAUCUAAUAAUGAGGAAAAGGUGAAAACAUUUUUAAACCUACAACAACAGGCAGCAGAAGUAAUGGCAGCUGUUGCCAUUUGGGAAUUAGAAUUGAAUGAUGUUGAGUUGGAGCUUGGCAAUGUUAAUAAACACGGAAAGUUAUGUAUAAAAGAACAGAUUGAUCCUUUGUACAAAUGGAAGAAAUUCACGCCCAAAGUUAUCGUGGCUCGUGACAUAGUACAACGACCAUCGGCACUCACCGUUGAUUCCUGGAGAGAUAACAUUAUCAUAGCCUGUCCGGGAUCAGGACGGGUUGUCGUUCUCGACAGGAAGUUCGAACUUGUACGGAAGAUUCGUCAUCAGGAGAUGAUAGCACCUCAAGGAGUAGCCUUCCUGCCGAAACACGAUGAAAUAUAUGUGACAGAUAAAUGGAAGCACUGCAUUUUCGUGUUCAAUCGCAAGGGUGAGCUUGUUCAUCGCAUGUGUAAUAAAGGUUACAGAGAGUCAGAGUUGUGUUCGCCGGAAGGUAUCACAUUUCAUCCGGAACGUAGUGUGCUUUACGUCGCUGAUACUGGAAACAAUCGUAUCCAGAUUCUUGAGAAAGAUGGCACGUAUUUGGAUAGCAUCGGACCCAAAAAUAAAAACACAAGAGACACUGUCAUAUUCCGUAAAACUGGCCCAAGCAAAUUGAAUCAACCGACUGAUGUAGCUGUCACAAUAACGCGUGUCGUCGUUGCCGAUUCCGGUAAUCACAAAAUAAAGAUAUUCAGUCAUGAUGGACAAAUUCUUCAGUCAAUUGGUGGCAUCGGAACAACAAAGGGUUUAUUUAGAUCACCUGAAGUACUGAAGAUUGAUGAUAAAGGACACAUCAUUGUUGGUGACGCUGGAAAUGGAAGAGUACAAAUUUUCUCUCCAGAAGGUAAAUUUCUACGGGUGUUAGGUGACAAAAAAACGCAAGGACAUAAAUUUGCAUGGGUAUCUGGUUUGUUAGUGACAAAUAAUUACAAUAUUUUGGUCUCUGAUAGCAAGAAUAAUUUUGUUCAUUUAUUUUAAUAUCAUGCUCCAAUAUAAAAAUGCUUUUAAUUAAUAAAGAGGCAUGCAAGU